AUGAGCGAAUUCGUACAUCCAGAGGAUUUUUCUGUGCUCAACCAUGUUAUGUCUAUUAACGUCGGAGUUCCUCAAACUUACACACAGAAGUUAGAGUCUAGCACUCAGUUCACACUACGUAUGACGUCAAAGCUGCCAAAGCGAAGCUGCGGGUUUAUGUUUGCCGGAUACAAGACUAUUCUUUGUACCGGAUUUGUACGUGGUAUAGCUGUGAACGGAAUUGUACGAGGCGAGAUUCUUCUAGCAAGCGGUCAAAUGAUCGAUCGACCAGGUCUACCAGAAGUGCCACUCAGUUCACAGCAGUUUUUAUUUCGUACCACUCCCGAUCUCAGGAUAGUAUUCUGCGAUUCACGGUAGGU